AUGUUUGCAGCCCUGGCGAAGUCUUACACUAUCACGGCAUGCAAUGGUGGGCGCCUCAAGGGCCUGAAGGAGUUUUUGGACGGUGAGCCGCAGUGCCAGUGCUUGCCGGCGCAGGAGCACCGCGCGGCCGAGGGCCGACCAGGGCACGCUCAACACCAAGCGGCCCAGCGAGGAUUUCAUGGAGUUUGGGCGGCGGCGCUGCCAGGCCAAGGCACCAUGGACUCCAGCGGGGUGACGGUGCUGGUUCCCAGCAACGCGAUGGUCUCUGCGCCGCCUCUCGCGGAGCCCACGUUGGUGCCUGGGCGAGCCGCGGCUGGCCAUGCGCACGCGGGGCUCGCCAAGGGCUACGCGAAUCGCGCCAUCCUGCGCGAGGUGUUGGGGUACCUGGCGCGCCUGAACGCCAUCGGGAUGCAGUGGGUGAUCGGGGGCGACUGGAACCUGGAGCCGUCGGUCUUGGCGGAGCUGCGUGAGUUUCGGGCCGCGCAGGGGCCGGUCUCCGCCACGACGCGGCCGACCUGGUGUUGUCAAUAUUUCUUCGUUAGCGUGGCGAUGGGCUUGCGGGCGGAGCAAGCUCCGAGGGCGGACCCGAACGCGCAGCAGCCCAUCACCAGGGCCGAGGUCGAUGACGCAGUCAGCACGGGCCCGCGCGUGCCUGUCAGCCUCGGCUUUCACGGGAUGCUCGGGACACUGCGGGCCAGACAAAUUUCCGAUCCGCGGAAACUGCGGGGGCCGCCGCCGCCAGGCUGCGCGCGGUUUCCGCUUGACUGGGGACGGGCGCAAGCGGUGAUCCAGGCCGCGACGGACAGGACGGGCUUCGGCCAGGCGUGGGACUUCGUGCUGGAGGGCCUCCACAUCGAGCUGCCGGGCAGGAUGGGCCGCCUGGGCGAGACCACGGGCACGCCCAUCAGCGGACCGAUCGGAAUGCGCUGGGGGCACUUCCAGCCGCAGGGCACCAACGAGAAGAUCGGCGACAGGCGCGAUGGGGCUUGGCACGCUUGGGCGGCGGCUGCGAGGUGGGCCAAGCCGGCCCCUGCUGGGCCGGCCGUCUGA